CCUCUGAUUUCAAGUCUCAAUUAUUAAUCACUUUGGCAUCGUCCGACAAGGAAGGAACCGACGGGGAGGCUCUCUCUGUAAGUCCGGAUUCGCUUGGUGUCUUUCUUCUUGUCACCAUCGACCUGAUAGGAAAAGGAACCGGUCGAGUUCAUGCUAUGAAAUGAGAGUGGGGGAGGAGGACAGAGAAAUAUACAACAGCGGGGAGGGAGUGAAGUGAAAUCUUGGCCCCGCGUUGUCGAUGGCGGCUGCCACUAACUCGUUAACGCAGUGCCCGCCUCUGGGAUUCGGGGCCAAGUACUAUCACGUGUCGGCGGACGGAGGGAGCUGUGUUAGGGACAGCAGCUUCUUCGGGGGGAAGCCCGUGCUGAACCAGGGAGUUGGGUACUCCGUGAUUCUCGGGUUCGGGGCCUUCUUCGCCGUCUUCACCUCUUUCCUGGUUUGGCUAGAAAAACGUUAUGUUGGGUCACGCCACACCUCGGAAUGGUUCAACACAGCUGGAAGGAGUGUUAAGACAGGGCUCAUUGCCAGUGUGAUUGUAUCGCAGUGGACAUGGGCGGCCACGAUCUUGCAAAGCUCCAAUGUUGCCUGGGAAUAUGGAGUUAGCGGACCCUUCUGGUACGCCAGCGGAGCCACGAUUCAGGUCCUCUUGUUCGGGAUUAUGGCCAUAGAGAUCAAAAGAAAGGCUCCUCAUGCUCAUACUGUAUGCGAAAUUGUAAAAGCACGAUGGGGGACUCCGGCUCAUAUCGUCUUUUUGGUCUUCUGCUUCAUGACGAAUAUAAUUGUGACCGCUAUGCUUCUCCUCGGUGGCUCUGCUGUCGUUAAUGCUCUCACUGGGGUGAACAUUUACGCCGCUAGCUUCUUGAUCCCACUUGGGGUGAUAAUCUACACGCUAGCCGGUGGUCUGAAAGCCACCUUCUUGGCAAGCUACAUACAUUCUGUUAUAGUGCAUGUGGUUUUAGUCAUCUUUGUGUACUUAGUAUACACUGCUAGUUCUGAGCUCGGAAGUCCUAGCGUCGUAUAUAGGCGUCUUCUGGAGGUAUCAAGCAGAUCGAGGAUAUGCCAGGAGCCGAUUUCCCAUACGGGCCAAUCUUGUGGUCCUGUGAGUGGCAACUACAAAGGGUCAUACUUGACCAUGUUGAGUUCUGGUGGGCUUGUUUUCGGAAUCAUCAAUAUUGUUGGGAACUUUGGCACAGUUUUUGUAGACAAUGGAUAUUGGGUAAGUGCGAUAGCUGCACGACCUUCGUCGACGCAUAAGGGAUACUUGUUGGGCGGACUUGUAUGGUUUGCUGUUCCAUUCUCUUUGGCGACCUCGCUUGGCCUUGGAGCUCUGGCCCUCGACUUACCAAUUAAUGCAAGUGAGGCGAGCCACGGCCUUGUCCCUCCAGCUACCGCAAUUGCCCUGAUGGGAAAAUCGGGAUCUGUAUUACUCCUCACUAUGCUCUUCAUGGCCGUGACUUCUGCCGGUUCCUCGGAGCUAAUAGCAGUGUCCUCACUCUGCACAUAUGACAUCUACCGAACUUACAUUAACCCGAAUGCAACAGGCAAGAAAAUCCUGCUAGUCUCUAGGAGCAUAAUCCUUGGAUUUGGGUGCUUCAUGGGAUUGUUAGCAGUAAUCCUCAAUAAGGCUGGAGUCUCGCUCGGGUGGAUGUACCUCGCAAUGGGAGUCAUAAUCGGCUCUGCAGUCCUUCCAAUCGCAUUCAUGCUCCUGUGGAGGAAGGCGAACGCGUUUGGAGCAAUUCUCGGGACGAUUAUUGGAUGUCUCAUUGGGAUCAUAACUUGGGUAUCUGUUGCAAAAAUUGAAUACGGGCGAGUCAACCUGGAAACAACUGGUAGAAAUGCUCCGAUGCUCGCUGGCAACCUCGUGUCGAUCCUCUUUGGAGGGGCUGUUCACGCCAUUUGCAGUAUGAUUUGGCCACAGAACUACGAUUGGGAGACCACAAAGGAUAUCACGACAGUUGAGAAGGUCCAGAGCGAGCUGCCGGCCGAGGAGUUCAAGGAGGAGAAGCUGGUGAAAGCCAAGGCUUGGAUUGUUAAGUGGGGUAUCGGGUUUACCCUCGUUAUCGUGGUCGUGUGGCCUAUCAUGUCUCUUCCUGCAAGGGAAUUCAGUAGAGGGUACUUCACAUUCUGGGCUGUCAUCUCGAUCGCAUGGGGAACAGUAGGCUCCGCUGCGAUCAUCGCACUGCCUCUGAUGGAGAGCUGGCAGACGAUACGGAGCGUGUGCAUCGGAAUGUUCACCAAUGACAUGCUUAUGGAGAAGAUUGAGGAGAUCAACCUCAAGCUGCAUUCCAUCGUCACUUCGAUGCCUGAAGCCGAGAGGUUGUACCUUCUCCAGAAGGAGAAGAUCAAGAAGAUGGAGGCAGCCGAGCAACAAGUCCAACCCACACCCUAAUUGCCCGUAUGAUCAUGUUAAGAAAGUGUUAAAAGCCAGCGCAAAGUGAUCAAAAGGUGUUAAAAGUCCGCGCAAAGAGAGUGACCGAUGGCCCAGCUCAUUUCGUGUGCUCAAAAGCAUCCUGUUAAAGGGCUUUGUUGAUUACAAGGGUGUCGCCAAUCUGUACAACAGUUCCCAUACACAAUGUAAAUGGAAUAAAUCACGUCUUUCCCUAGUAUAACACAAUGAUUCUGGUGUAUGUCUCUCGUGCUAUAACUGAUUGACCAGAACAAAUUUCCCCAAUGAAGAGAUCAAUUAUGCG